UAUGAUGAGGUGGUAUCUAUACGGAAACAUCUGUAUGGCGGGCUGGAUUACAUACCAAGUGAAUACCACGAUCUACUGAAACACAAUACAGGAAUAGCUGGAUACAUAGGUAAUACAAUGAUAAGCUUCAUGUUCGCUGCGGUCAUUGAUGAUGGGCAAAGUGUGUUGAUGCAAUCUGCGAGAGUACGGGAGGAAUACGUGGGCAGGGGAAUCCUCUCGCAGAAGAAAAAAUACUGCUUCAACAUUCUUGCCAGAAGCGCGGAGAGGAGUGUGUAUUGUACGACGAAUUCGUCUGUCCUGGGUCGCUUACAGAAGAAAGGGGCCCUUGUCGUAUUUCAGCGAAACGUGGCCAUCUUCAAAACUACAAACCAUACCCUCAAACGUACAGCUCUGGCAUCUGAUGUCCAACUCACACCUCUGGAUAUAGUAGAUGCAAAACUCAUGGAAAAAAUCUUCCUCUCUCGUCAUGCAAAACAUAAUCUAUUUCCAGAGAAAAGAAUCGUGGUCAAAUGCGUUCCGUAUCAGUUGGUGGUGUCUAACAUUGAUCGCAUAUUUAACUCGAACGCUAAACUGUUUGCCAGUGUCACGAAAGAUGAAGAUCAAAAGUGUUUCAACGCUCCAUUGUUGAUUUCAGCCACGACCAGCAUGCCGUGUGAAGCAGGGACUGUUAUAUAUCUUGACUUUUACGGUGAAAUUUAUGACAAAGAGCUAGUCACUGCUCAUAUCUCUAAACAGAUGUCUGAGUAUCUCAACACUGGUAAUGAACGUCUUGUCUUGUAUGUCACAUACGGUAAGGAACAUCACAUAGGCACCGUGCAGCGUCUAUUAUCCAUGUACUCGUGGGAACUGACUGAUUCUGAAAUUAACUUCGGGAUUGAGGAGACAAUUUAAGACUGAUUGUCCAAUCAGUUUUCUAUUGUAGACAGGCCUUAAUAAUAGUUUUCCUAUUGCCUGUUCUGAGAACAGGUAAAAACAGGUAAAACACACAUGCCGGUAAGGAUUUUAAGAGAGCGUCAAAAAGAAUCUUAAUUUAUCAUAUCGAGGGUUCUCCUUCGAAGAACGGUGCAUACAAAUGAUGUGGUUGAUGUGCUCCACUGUCUUACAGAAGAUAUAGCUUGGUUCCGGUCGUCGUUCAUGUAGAUAGCUGUUGUAGUGACUAGUUUCCAAUCCGACGGUACUUCUUUUGUUCCCCAUGACUGUUGGAAUAGGUAUGUCAUAUAAGAGGGCGACCUGCGCAAUCGCUUUUUAAGUCCCCAUAUUUAUAUCAGUCACGGACCACUGCUUUGAUAUGGUCUAGUCGCUGGAGAAGCGUACAUCAUUUUCUGUGAUAGACCGG